GACUAGCGGUAGAUUGGGUUGUACUAUUCAGCGUACAAAAAGAGAAAUAGCUAUGAAAUGUGGAAGUAUUCCUUCCACAGCAUCUUGUUAGGUUCAAUUUUAAAAUGUAAGGAGAGAAACGGGAGAGUUGUUCUGAAUUAAGGUAAUUAGAAAGACAAAAGAGAAACUAUUCUAUUCCGUUUUGGAGUAACAUGGUUUCUUCCACAGGGUCAGUCAAGUCGUUACUAAUAGCCUUAUUAGUCGUUCGCUGGGUCAAACGACGUUUCUCUUGUAGACUAGGCGCGGUUCCUGGUAAGAAAAGAAGUGGAGCCUGUUAGGUAGCAGGAGACGGGAUUCACUUACUUUUCCCAUUUAACGACGUUUUGACUCAAGAAUAGGGAUACCACGAGCAGGCGGCGUGCAGGGCCUCAGAAGGUUCAGAUUCUGAGACGUAGACGAAAUAUCUAUUUGGUUCCGUUCCAAAUCCGGUGUGUAAGUGUACCACCAUGGACAAGAGCGCCGUAGCCAAAAUGGGAGCAGUGGCCAGCGCUAGUGUGUGCGCCCUGGUUGGGGGAGUAGUCCUGGCCCAAUACAUCUUGACCGUAAAGAAGAAAACGGGGAGGAAAACGAAGAUUAUAGAGAUGAUGCCAGAAUUUCAGAAGAAAACUGUCCAUAUCAAAGACCCAGAAAAGGUAGAAGAAAUUAUAUGUGGUCUCAUCAAAGGAGGAGCUGCCAAACUUCAAAUAAUUACAGACUUUGAUAUGACGUUAAGUAGGUUUACCCAUAAUGGCAAAAGAUGCCCCACAUGUCAUAAUAUCAUUGACAACUGUAAUCUCAUUACAGAGGAAUGUCGCACAAAGUUAUUCCAUCUAAAAGAAAUAUAUUAUGCUAUUGAAAUUGAUCCUAAUCUUACCGUGGAAGAGAAGUAUCCAUAUAUGGUUGAGUGGUACAACAAAUCCCAUGCUUUGCUUAUUGAACAAGGAUUACAGAAGAACAAACUUGCUGAAAUUGUGAGAGAGUCUGAUGUUAUGCUGAAAGAGGGGUAUGAAUUUUUUUUUGACAAACUUCAAGAACACAAUAUUCCAGUAUUUAUAUUUUCUGCUGGGAUUGGAGACAUCCUGGAACAGAUUAUUCAUCAAGCAGGUGUUUACCAUUCCAAUAUCAAAGUAGUUUCCAAUUUUAUGGAGUUUGAUGAUAACAAGAUCACACACCAUUUUCGGGUUCUGGUCAUGGACCUGUUUGUCUCCCCAGCCGAUUCCCAACUACCCAGGUACCUUACGAGGUUCCACAUGGCAGGUGCAGAGGAAACAGAUGCCCUUCGUUGUCUGUGGCCUUGAGUGCUCCUGGGGGAGAGUGGUACCUUCCAUGGGGACAGAGUGUUACUCAGGUUGGAUCCCUCCUUUCGGCCCAAAGUUACAUGUGGUUCCACUGGGCUCAAGAGGUUGUAUUGCCAGAUUUCUGUCUGUCCCCGGCCAGGCCGCUAGAAAAACAGUGGCAUAAACUCGAUGUCCGCAUGCCCUUAAAAUCUAUAUUCACAGGACAUCGGAAUUCCAGAAAUCCAGUAAUAUGAACCAGUCUCCUCCCUCCCGAUGGGAUGGUCACGCUUGGGUAUGUGCCAUGCAUGGAUGCUAUCUCCACCUCUAUUGAGAAAGGGCACUGGUACUUACUUAAUACACCUCUUCUAAUAGGGUGGAAAUAGAAUCCAGCCCCACCCUGUAGAGAGACUGGUCCCCAUUGCCAAGCAGGGAGGUUCCCCUGUCAUUAGGUAUAUAUUUGAUAUUCUGGAUUGACAUUAUAAUAGGUGUGGACGUCUUCAAGUUGCUAAUUACUAAAGUUGAGUUCUUGGAUAACAUGCUGAGUCUGUAUGUCUUUUAUUCGCCGAAAGCUGGGUGGAGUCAUUCACCAGGGCAAGUUACAAAGGUUAUUAAUUAAUUAUUAAUCAGACUCAGUCUAAUCAGAGAAUGGACAGUGUGAACCCAUACAUGGAUGCUAUCUUCACCCUAUUAAAGAGGUUUAUCAGGUAAGUACCAACAAUCUUUUUCAGUAUUAUAUUCAUGUGAAAUAAAUAGAAAUAAAUAAAAUAGCCAUUAUUUAGGCUUAAAUAGAAAUAUUUUAUUCUCAGUAUUAUAUGCAUGUAAUGAACGUAUGUUUAAGAGUUGGUGGAAAGAGAAAAUUGUCUUGGAAGCAUUCUAAAAUUAUAUAUGAUUAAUGUCUUUGCAUGGUUACUUAGGAGUAACUUCUCUCAUCUUCAAUAGGGCAUAUUGAAAGGAUUUAAAGGAGAAUUAAUUCAUGUUUACAACAAACAUGAUGGAGCCUUGAAAAAUACAGAAUACUUUAAACAAUUAAAA